AUGGUCACCCUUACCGAAGUUGAGGAUGAGCACUUCCAGGCCACCCAGGCUGGUCCUGACGUCGAUGACGAUGAUUUCACUGAUACCGACUCUGAAAUUUCCAAUGAUUCUGACUACGACCCUAUGAACGAGACCCUGGCGGAACGUCUAUAUGCACUUCGAGAUAUCGUCCCCCCUACCACGAGAGGCUGGAUCUCCAGCCGUGUCAACUCCAUCUCCAGCAAGGCUUGGAGUGUUUUGUCAUUCAGCGGCAAGGGUGCUUGGGUGAUCACCACGUCUGCUCUGUUCUUCGGUGUUCCUUUUGCUCUGUCUUUCGCCGAGGACCAGCAACUCACCGCCAUGGAACAGGAGUAUAACAUGCGACAGACCGGAAGUGAGCUGCUGACUGCGGGCGCAGAGCAAAACACCGCUGACAAGGUUGGAGCCGCUCUGGGUGAUGGUCAAGCCAAGCCCUCACUAUAA